GUGGCUGCUAGUUUCGCGGGAAUUUCAGUGUAGUGCCUGAUUUCCGCUAAGGCUUUCAACAACAAAACAUUUUCCUGGGAUUUCAGGUCUAAAAAUUACCCUUUUGUCUCUGGGCUGUACCAGUAGCCAGCGAUAACAUGUCAAAGAAGAAAGGACUGAGCUUGGAGGAGAAGAGGACUCGCAUGCUGGAGAUUUUCUUUGAAUCAAAAGAUGUAUUCCAGCUGAAGGACAUUGAGAAAAUUGCACCAAAGUCAAAAGGCAUCACUCCCAUGGCAGUGAAGGAGGUGCUGCAGAGCCUGGUAGAUGACAACAUGGUGGACUGUGAACGAGUGGGGACCUCCAACUACUACUGGUCCUUUCCCAGUAAAGCCCUGAACACUCGGAAACACAAGCUGGAAGAGCUCAAGAGACAGAUUUCAGAAUCGAAGCAGAGGAAGGAGACGCUACAAAAAGCAGUGGAAGCUGCAAAAGUGGGACGUGAAGAUACUAAUAAAAGGAGCGUCCUGCUGAAGGAGCUCGAGGGUCUCAGAGGGGAGAGCACUGAACUGCAGGCUGAGCUGGACAAGUACAGAGAAUGUGACCCAGAAGUUGUCCAAGAAAUGAAGAAAUCAAACGUGGUAGCCAAAGAAGCAGUCUCCAGAUGGACAGAUAACGUUUUUGCCAUAAAGUCAUGGACCAAGAAGAAGUUUUCCUUCGAUGAAAACCACAUUAACAAGGCCUUUGGGAUCCCGGAUGACUUUGACUACAUGGACUAAAUGUUGGCCCUUGAACUUUAGCUCCUGCCUGUAUACACUGAAUGUUUUAAGGUAGCACGAACCUUAAAUCUCCACAUCUGGUUCCCUGAUUCUCAUUCUGUCCUAACACGCAUUAAUAUUCAAGUCAAAUGGCCUAAGGAGAUGAGCAUAAAAAUAUUGGUCACAAAAAACAUCUAUCCUCUCUGCAACUGGAGAAGGGACUGAUCCAACCAUUAGUCAGCAGAGGACGCUGAAAGCAGACUAUUAA